AUGGACUCGGCCAGUUGCGAUCUAAACCAGUUGCGAUCCAGGAUCGGUACAACUGCGACUAACACUUUCUUGGAUGUGUUCGACCUACCCCUACUCGACUCCGCGAGCAAGAACGAUGAUGCAACGCCGACAGCCGACUCGUCUCAACGACCGCAACGCCUUCGUCGACCCCAUCGCCGACUACAGGUGGACCCACGAAGAACUCGGUACGAGUUAACUUGA